AUGGACUCUCUGUUUAAUGAAGACACAGUAGACGACAUGAACGAGGAUGCUGAUGAAGACGAGGAAGAAAAGAAGCGGAGAGAUGAAGAUUGUGAUGAUGAAGGGUUUUCGGUGCUUUCUGAUCUUCCUGUGGAGAAGAGCGAGAGACGCCCGACCUGCUUCCGGUGCUGUCGUCCGCUGAAGGUGUGUCUGUGUCCUUAUCUCCCGCCACGUCCUCUAGAUGUCUCCACGCGCCUCUACAUCGUCCAGCACCCGGCUGAGGAGAGCCGGGUUCUACGCACCGUUCCUCUCCUCACCGCCUGCCUCCCGCCGGGGAAGUGCCGGGUGUUUGUGGGCAGACGUUUCUCUGAAGACAGGUAUCCGGAGCUGGCGGCGGUGUGUAAAGACUCUAGUACUCUUCUGCUGUAUCCCGGGGCUGGAGCAGAGAAUCUGGAGGAUCUGAGCACAGACUUCACGGCGACGGAGCACAGCGUGAUUCUGAUCGACGGGACGUGGAGUCAAGCCAAAGACAUGUUCCUGAGGAACGCUCUGCUGCGGCUGCCCAGACAGGUGCAGCUCCGCAGCGCUCCCUCCAGUCAGUAUGUGAUCCGCACGCAGCCCAACAACAUGUGUGUGUCCACGCUGGAGUGUGCCGCCGCCGCGCUCUCCAUCAUGGAGAAGAACCGCAGCAUCCCGGAGGUUCUUCUCAAACCUCUGCAGGCUCUGUGCUCAUUUCAGCUGCAACACGGCGCUCAGAUCCACCACAGCAAAGAGCAUCUCAUCAAAAACGGACAGUACAACAAGAUCAUGCCCAAAAACAAGCGCAAGAUUCGCCGGAUGCAGAAACUCAUCACCAACCAGAAUAUAUGAGACUUUGAAACCACAGCCUAUUUUUCAGAUUCUUCUACUGAGACUACGUUGUUUUUUAUAGUUUUACUAAUUCAGAGCAAUAUUCACGUGAGCCUUCUGUUUGGAUGAUGUUUCCUUCUACUGUAAUGUUUACUGAACGACUAUGAUUUUAUUCUUGUGUGAAGCAUUAAAGCGGUUGAUGUGUGACGUG